AUGUCUCGACGCGGCUUUGCAACGCACCGCGAGCGCUCGCCCGAGGCCGCGGAUGAGCGCAACGGCCGCCUGCGAACGGAGGGGGGGCGCGCCGACGUACACGCGCCGAUGCUGCAGCACGUGGAGGGGCUCUCGGAAGAGGCGCUAUACGCGGCCAUGUGCCCCAGCGAUGGCGAGGCGCUGCCGCCAGGGUGGGAGAAGGUGGUGUAUCACGGCACCACCGUCUACCUCGACCAUAUCGCGCGCGAGGCGCAUGAGGUGUGGCCGUGGGAGGUAUGGCGNCGGCACCACCGUCUACCUCGACCAUAUCGCGCGCGAGGCGCAUGA